GAGGGCUUUAGCAAGACGGAACGAGGGCCGGCGGCGGCUCCAUCGAAGUCAUGCAAGCGGCCCAGUUCCAGUACGAUUUCUUCAGCGAGGAGAACGCACCGAAAUGGAGGGGUCUGCUGGUACCGUCGCUGAACAAGGUGCUAAACCAGGUACACCCUAACCUUGCGUCUCAGGAGGAGGCUCUGCAGUACAUUGAGGAGCUGAUUCUGCUGCUACUGAGCAUGCUCUGCCAGGCCCAGCCCCGCACUGUGCAGGAUGUGGCGGAGCGCGUACAGAAGAGUUUUCCUCACCCCAUCGAUAAGUGGGCCAUUGCGGACGCCCAGGCGGCCAUUGAGAAGAGGAAGAGACGGAACCCUUUAGCUUUGCCUGUGGAUAAAAUUCACCCACUUCUCAAGGAGGUACUAGGCUAUAAAAUUGACCAUCAGGUGUCCGUGUACAUCGUGGCAGUGUUAGAAUACAUUUCAGCGGACAUCUUAAAGUUGGCUGGAAAUUAUGUACGAAACAUACGGCACUAUGAAAUCUCGCAGCAGGACAUCAGCGUGGCCAUGUGCGCCGAUAAGGUCUUGAUGGACAUGUUCCACCAGGACGAGGAGGACAUCAGUGGGUUUCCCUUAAUGGACGAGGAGCCCUCAGCGUCCGAAGAGCAGACUUACUACGACUUGGUCAAGGCUUUCAUGGCGGAGGUGCGGCAGUACCUGAGAGACCUCAAUCUCAUCAUCAAAGUUUUUCGCGAGCCCUUCGCCACCAACACCAUGCUGUUCUCUCACCACGAUGUGGAGAACAUCUUCAGUCGUAUAGUAGACAUCCAUGAAGUGACCCUGAAGCUCCUGGGGCUGAUUGAGGACACAGUGGAAAUGACAGAUGAGGGGAGCCCUCACCCGCUAGUGGGCAGCUGCUUUGAGGACUUGGCUGAGGAGCUGGCCUUUGACCCUUACGAGACGUACGCUCAGGACAUCCUGCGAACAGGCUUCCAUGACCACUUCCUCAGUCAGCUGUCCAAGCCUGGAGCAGCCUUCUAUCUACAGUCUAUAUGUGAAGGAUUCAAAGAGGCAGUGCAGUAUGUGUUACCACGGCUACUCCUAACCCCAGUCUACCACUGCCUCCAUCACUUUGAAAUCUUAAAGCAACUGGAGGAGAAGAGUGAGGAUGAGGAGGAUAAAGAGUGUCUGAAGCAGGCCAUCACUGCGCUCCUCAACUUGCAGAGCAGCAUGGAGAGGAUCUGCUCCAAAAGCCUGGCCAAGAGGAGGCUCAGCGAGUCGGCCUGCCGCUUCUACAGUCAGCAGAUGAAGGGCAAGCACCUGGCCAUCAAGAAGAUGAACGAGAUCCAGAGGAAUAUAGAUGGCUGGGAGGGCAAAGACAUUGGCCAGUGCUGCAACGAGUUCAUCAUGGAGGGCACGCUGACGCGGGUGGGCGCCAAGCACGAGCGCCACAUCUUCCUCUUCGACGGGCUGAUGAUCUGUUGCAAGUCCAACCACGGGCAGCCGCGCCUGCCUGGAGCCAGUGCCGCCGAAUACAGGCUGAAGGAAAAGUUCUUCAUGCGCAAGGUCCAGAUAAACGACAAAGACGACAAGGAGGGUGAGUAUCGGCACGCCUUCGAGAUCAUCCUGAAGGAUGGCAACAGCGUGGUGUUUGCUGCAAAGUCUGCGGAGGAGAAGAACGGCUGGAUGGCGGCGCUGAUUUCGCUGCAGUACCGCUCCACACUGGAGCGCAUGCUGGACACUGCCAUGUUGCAGGAGGAGAAGGAGGAGCAGAUGAGGCUGCCGGGGGCUGAGAUUUACCGCUUUGCUGAGCCUGAUUCAGAGGAGAAUGUGGUGUUUGAGGAGAAUGUACAGUCCAAGUCUGGUAUCCCCAUCAUUAAGGCUGGCACGGUGCUUAAGCUCAUCGAGAGGCUCACCUUCCACAUGUAUGCAGAUCCCAAUUUUGUGCGAACGUUCCUCACCACCUACAGGUCAUUCUGUAAACCACAGGAGCUGCUGGACCUUCUCAUGGAGAGGUUUGACAUUCCGGAGCCCAAACCCACAGAGGCAGAUCAGAUGGCCAUGGAGAACGGAGACCAGCCACUCAGUGCUGAGCUCAAACGCUUCCGUAAAGAGUUCGUCCAGCCUGUUCAACUCAGGGUGCUGAAUGUGUGCCGGCACUGGGUAGAGCACCACUUCUAUGAUUUUGAGAGAGAUGCCCAGCUGCUGCGCCGGCUAGAGGAGUUCAUCGGCAUGGUCCGAGGUAAAGCCAUGAGGAAAUGGGUCGAGUCCAUCACCAAGAUCAUCCAGAGGAAAAAGCAAGCGCAGGCUAACGGCCCAAGCCACAACAUCACCUUUGAGAGUUUACCUCCGCCUAUUGAGUGGCACAUCAGCAAACCUGGCCAGAUGGAGCAGUUCGACCUUAUGACCCUUCACCCCAUUGAAAUCGCUCGCCAGCUCACGCUCCUGGAGUCAGACUUCUACAGGGCAGUUCAGCCGUCAGAGCUGGUGGGCAGCGUGUGGACGAAGGAGGACAAAGAAUUGAACUCUCCCAACCUGCUGCGCAUGAUUCGUCACACCACCAACCUCACGCUGUGGUUCGAGAAGUGUAUCGUGGAGACGGAGAACCUGGAGGAAAGGGUAGCCGUGGUAUCACGCAUAAUCGAGAUCCUGCAGGUCUUUCAGGAGCUUAAUAACUUUAAUGGAGUGUUGGAGGUGGUCAGCGCCAUGAACUCUUCACCUGUCUACCGACUUGACCACACAUUUGAGCAAAUACCAAGCAGACAGAAGAAGAUCUUAGAAGAGGCACAUGAACUCAGUGAGGACCAUUAUAAGAAGUAUUUAGCCAAACUCAGGUCCAUUAACCCCCCAUGUGUACCCUUCUUUGGAAUAUAUUUAACAAAUAUUCUGAAAACGGAGGAAGGCAAUCCAGACUUCCUUAAGAGGCAUGGUAAAGAGCUGAUCAACUUCAGUAAGCGGCGGAAAGUAGCAGAGAUCACCGGAGAGAUCCAGCAGUACCAGAACCAGCCGUACUGCUUACGGGUGGAGAAUGACAUACGGAAAUUCUUUGAGAACCUUAACCCGAUGGAGGACAUGAUGGAGAAGGAGUUUGCAGACUAUCUCUUCAACAAGUCUCUGGAGAUCGAGCCUCGCAAUGCACGCUCGCUUCCUCGAUUUCCUAAGAAGUACAGCUGCCCGCUGAAGUCUCCGGGUGUCCGUCCAUCCUCCAGUCGCCCAGGCACCAUGCGCCACCCAACACCGCUGCAGAACGAACCCCGGAAGAUCAGCUAUAGUCGAAUUCCCGACAGCGAGACCGAGAGCAGCGCAGCAUCGGCCCCAAAUUCACCCCGCACACCCCUCACGCCCCCACCUGCAUCCGCAGCCUCCAGCUCCACUGAUAUCUGCAGCGUCUUUGAUUCUCCACAAGGCCCUUCAAGCCCCUUCCACUCUAACAGCGACACCAUUUUUGCCCCGGUUUCUCUGCCUCACGGCCCACGGUCGUCAUCAGUGUCCUCAAUGGUGAGUUUCCACAGAAGUACAGAGGACGCCCCUGUUCCUCCCCCUGUCCCGCCCCGUCGCCGCCCUGAAUCCGCCCCGGCUGAGUCCUCACCCUCAAAGAUGAUGUCAAAGCACUUGGACAGCCCUCCGGCCAUCCCCCCCAGGCAGCCCACUGGCAAGGUCUACUCUCCACGCUAUUCUCUCACCGACCGCACUUCAGUAUCGGAGCCUCCGGACAGCCCGCCCACACUGCCCCCACGGGAACCUGUUCGAACGCCUGAAGUUUUUGCCAGCUCCCCACUGCUGCUGCAGCCUCCACCACAGGGCCGCCGCAGCGAGCAGAGCCACUUCUUCCCCACCUCACCUUUCCCCCCGCCUUUGCCCCCUCAAACGCCCUCUCCGCUGGGGCCCCGCAAGCACCUGCCCUCGCCACCCCUGCUGCCCCUGGACUGCGAGCUGCUGCAGGGGGCGGCAGGCCCCCCUCUACCACCCCGGCAGAGCACCUCGCAAACGGCCAUCCCCAAACUGCCCCCUAAAACCUACAAAAGGGAGCCGGCGCACCCCUCCAUGCACCGGGAUGGCCCACCACUUCUGGAGAACGCAAACCCUUCCUAAAGGUGCACGGGCAGGGGGCUGGGAGAGGUAACACUAAAGACUGCAGAAGGACUGUGAGAUGAUGACAAAUAACGAAAGACUGUUGUGAGAGAUGCCAGUGUUGGAUCUUAAAGACAAAAAAAGAAGAAGAAAAAACGACAACAAAAAAACAAAAUGUGCCCUUAAAACAUUCAGAGAUGAUUGUGUUUUCAUAAAGUGCAAACUCUGUUGAGAUUACGUAGCCCUUUCAGGGGGCGUCUGUAUUUUUUUUCCUGUCUUUCAUGUAGCUGUUGCUGUGUGCUGUGUCAUUGUCUGAUGUUUGUUUUUCAUUUAGUUUCGUUGUUUGUUUUUAUGUCGCUUCUUUUCAGCAGUACUUGUCUGUGAGCAGUACUUGGCCUUCCCUCCCCUCCUGCACAGUUUAAGCCAGGACCAGAUUUAAAGAGAAAAAAAAAAAAAGAAACUCACAAAUCACGUAACAAAAAGAAACAUGCUGGAUAACGAAAAGACUGUCGACCGGUUUGAACCAGCUCCGAAAACAACUGUGGGGGGAAAAAAGAAACAACACGGCACGUUCUUCUCUGCAAGGAAGAAGUGAUUCGGCGCUAAGUGGGAUUGUAAAGACUGUACUCCUGUGCCUGCCAAUGGGAGUGGACUAUGGAGUCCAGCACAGUGCUGGACAACCAAUAGGACUCCUUCGUCAGCCUUUGGGUUCACCGCACCUCAUUAUGUUUAAAGAAAAAGGGACUGAGAGUGAUGCAGACAUGAACUGUGUUAUGGGCUUUUGUUUUUAGCUUCGUGCUAAACUGAAGGCGAGUGGUUUGUGUGCCAGUAGUCUCAAGAGUACCACGAGUCAAAGGUACCCUCCCACACCAAAGAGGUACUUUCAAGCAUUCAUGAAACACAAAAAAGUGAUUGUCCUUUAUGUGUUAGAACGUUUAUUUUCUGAAUCAUUUCUGUUUUGCCAAUAAGUAUGUAAAGAAGAAAAAAAGAAAAACGAUUGCCUUCUUAAAACAAGGGAAUAAAAGUGUUUAUACCACUG